AUGUAUUGCAUCAUUUCCUUUUCUUCUUCUUCUUCUUCUUCUUCUUCUUCUUCUUCUUCUUCUUCUUCUUUUAUUGCUCUGACCUUCCCUUGUCUUCCUACCACUGCUUCUUACGAUUUCCUCCUUUACCAUUCAGCCUCGAACCACAUUUAUCUUUUAACCCCCGCUUCAAUAUCUUUCUAUGUUUUCAUUCCUCGUUAUCCUCGCUUCUAUCAUUUCUUCUUCUUCUCUAUUUUUUUUCUUCCUUGUUGGAACAUUCUAAUCUCUUUCAUUCCUUCAUUUUCUUUCUCUUUCAUUCCUUUUUUCUUCUCGAUUUCACUAUUUUUGUUCCUUUCACUAUCCUCCUCUUUUUUUCUUUCCUUCACCAAUAAACAUUUUUUCGGCCUUUUUGCUUAUUUCCUUUCUUUCCUCUUCCUUUCCUUCUUUCUUUCUUUCUUUCUUUCUUUCUUCGUUUCUUUAUUAUCUCCCUUGUUUAGUUUUUACUUAUUUAUUUUUUCUUUCCUCUUUCUUUCUUUCUUUCUUUCUUUCUUUCUUUCUUUCUUUAUUACCUCCCUUUUUUAUUUUUUGCUUCUUUCCUUUCUUUUCUUCUUUCUUUCUUUCUUUCUUUCUUUCCCUUGUUUUGUGUUUGCUUAUUUCUUUCCUUUAAUUUUCUUUCAUUCUCUAUCACUUUCUUUCUUUCUUUCUUUCUUUCUUCCUUCCUUUCUUUAUUUCUUUCUUACAUUCCCUUGUUUAGUUUUUGCUUAUUUUUUUCCAUUUUCUUUCUUUCUUUCCUUCUUUCUUUCUUUCCUUCAUUCCUAUCUAUCCCAUCUUUUCUUUAUCGCCUCCUUUUCUUCCUCUUCUCGCUGA